AUGGACGGUUAUGGUUCCGAGUAUCCAAACUUUUUUUCUCGGUCGUCUUCUCCGGUGGAUCCCAUGGCCUCUUCUCUGUCGUUCUCCCCCAACGCCGACAACUUCGUCCUCUUCUCCCAGGCGUUGCCGUAUGGUCCGGGCUCCUUUGCUCGGCGCAUCGAGGGGCUGGAUCUGAACUCCGACGCGGACGGCUACCCCCACAUCGACUCGUACCGGGGGCUUCUCCAAGCGGACAGCGUUCCCCGCGGCCGAGGGUUACCUCCUCUUCGCAUUGGCACCAGGUCCGGCGGUGUCCCGUUCAUUCCUCCUCGCACGACCGGAGGAGCGAGCGGAUCUAGAAAACGCCCGGCGGCGCGCGCAGCAGGGCGCUGCACCAAGGCUGCAUCCUGCAGUGCCCGUGCCGGAUCGACGGCCAACCGCGUCUUUCGUGGAUCAGUGGUUGCCGACAGCUCAAUUCCUCCAAUGGAUGCAUACGACGCUCACACAAUAGAGCAAGAAGAUGACAACGGCGUUGAAGAUGGGUUUGACAAUGCAAAUUGGUCCAAAGCAAAUACAUUUGUAUUCUCUUGUCUUGCUAUUGAUGAAAUGAGAAAGGGCAAUACAAAUAGUGGGACUAUGACAAGGAGAGGUUACGAUGCUUUGCAAGUCCUCUAUGAGCGAAAGACGGGCCUUAGACAUGAUUUGAAACAAUUGAAGAACAUAUAUGGUCUGCUGAAGCAAAUGUAUUCUUUUUACAAGUAG